AUGCGUUUAUCAACAUGCUGGAGUGUGACAUAUACCCACCAGGAGAUCUGUGCUGUGGAAAGUUCCUCUGUGGACAUAAGGUGUUACUAUUCUUACCCCAGUAGUUAUGUGGUCAGAAAACCACUGUGGAAAUACAAUGUGGGUUCUGGUCCACUAAAGGUGGAAAAAAAUCAAGGGUAUUUGAGAGAGACGCUGACCUGCAUCUCCACCUGCCCUGCAGACUCCAGGCCCACCUACAUCUGGUACAGGAACAGACAACCUGUUGGUGACAAAUACACGACCAGGGGCAACACUCUGAUGAUUAACUACCCCGUCAGUAGCGCAGACAGUGGACCUUACUCCUGUGCUCUAAAAGGACAUGAAGAUCGUCCCUCUCCACCAGUGUGUGUAUCAUCUUGCAGUAGUGUGACAUAUACCCACCAGAAGAUCUGUGCUGUGGAAGGUUCCUCUGUGAACAUAACAUGCUCCUAUUCUUACCCCAGUGGUUAUGUGGUCAGAAAACCACUGUGGAAAUUCAAUUUGGGUUCUGGUGAGGAGACGAUGGAUUUUAGUGUGAAAAAUACACAUGAUAACGAUGUGGAAUAUAUUGGAAAUAAAGAUACUGACUGCAGCCUAAGCCUAAGGUAUGUGAAGCAUACAGGGAAAUAUUACUUCAAAUUUUCAACAAAUGAGGAUGAUGAGGAGUUUUCUGGAAAGCCUGAGGUGUCUCUCUCUGUGACAGGUUUGCUGGUAAAUAUGAGUUCUGAUACAGUUGAAGAAGGGAAGAGUGUCAGACUGACUUGCAGCACCACCUGCACUUUGAAUGAACCCCCCUCUUACAUCUGGUACAAGAACUCCCAACCUAUUGCAGACCGACAGGCACCAAUUAAAAUCCUUCGCCUUAACCCAGUGCGCCUUGAUGAUUCAGGCCUUUACUCCUGUGCUGUGAGAGGACAUGAGGACCGUCCCUCACCUGUACGGGCUCUCAGUGUCAGCUAUUCCCCCAAGAACACAAGAGUGAUUGGUAGUUCCUCUGGUGAGGGAAGUUCAAUGACUCUCACCUGUAAGGCUGACGCCAACCCCCCAGUACACACAUACUCCUGGUACAGGAAGACUAGCAGUGGUUCUGUUCUGAUGGACACAGGAAAUAGCAGCAGCUAUACUGGGGUCUCAGAUGGUGAAAUUUACUAUUGUGUUGCACACAAUGAAUAUGGCUUUCAUAACUCCUCUGAAAUUGAAGUGUCUUUCACAGCCCUACUUCAGCAGACAGGUGUACCAGGAGGAGUGUUUGCAGCCUUGGGGAUCAUACUAGUUGUAGCUGUAAUAGUGGUCCUUGUAUUUGUGCGCAGAAGAGGGAAAGGUUUAUCCACCACUGAGAACACAAGUGCAAUGGUGGAACACAGACAGGGAGAAGAGCCCAGUCCUGUGUAUGAAGACGCGUCUGCAGUGCUGUUGACGUCUAACCAAGAAGACAGAGUGGACUCAGGAAGAGAUCGAGUGGACUCAGGAGGAGAUGGAGUGGUCUCAGGAGGAGAUGGAGUGGUCUCAGGAGGAGAUGGAGUGGUCUCAGCAGAUCACGUGAACUCAGGAGGAGAUUCAGUGGUUUCAGGAGGAGACCAAGUGGAUGCAGGAGGAGAUGAAGAUGACGUUCAGUACGCCAGUGUCCAGUUCAAGCCCAAAAACAAGGACGCGGCUCCGGACUCUCCAGCUGUGCAGCUUCAAGAGAAGAAGGUGGAGGAAGAGGAGUCUGCAUACGCCUCGGUGAAGUUCCGUUCUCCCUCCCGUGAUGUCAACCAAGACGAGGAUGAUACUGCAAUCUACAGCAUUGUCAACAAACCCAGAAGCUGAUCACAAAGGCCCAGAUCAUGCCCCAAAAAGGCUUGUAGCACCUUGAGAUUUCAAGAUAUGUGCCAUUUUCUUUCUGUAUCCAAAACUCAUUUUUACAUUAUGAGUAUUAUUAUUAGUAUUAUUAUUGAAGUCAUUAGUCUUGUUUGCGGUGUAUACAAGAACAGUUUUCAACAUUUUUAAUUUAAUUGAUUUUACAUUGUGUGUGAGUUGUAUUUUACAAACUUGCUGUGCUUCUUGUUGGCCACAUAUUGUUCAAUUGUCAUACAUUCUUGAUGAAUGCAAAGUCUGCAUUACAUAAGUUGCUAUUUCAUCAAGAUGACUUGAAGUGACAUAGACAAAAAUAAUGCACAUUUAUUGUAGUUUAUGUUUUCAUCAUGACGAUACAUGUUGACAUCAUGUUGUUGUGUCCCUCAAAUUAAUAUAUUGCAUCAUACCCAUGUGUGUAGAAGAUAUUUACUAAAAACUACACAAUAAACACAUGUAUUGUU